AUGAGUGAUGAUGAAAGUGCUACAUCUUCAGGGAAAGACCAACCGGCAUCAAAACAACCAAACCCUACAACACAAAGUUUUAACGCUCCUAAAAGUGGUCUACCCCCUUUUCCCCCAUUUGACCCAAUCACAGAUUCAGCAACAGUGUCUCAACGAUGGAAGAAAUGGAUACGGCGUUUUGAAAACCUACUCAUCAGCCUUCGAGAGUUCGACUCGACCAUCCGGCGAGGUCUUCUCUUGACAUACGUUGGCGAAGCAACAAACGAUAUCUUCGACAUUCUGCCAGACACCGGUACAACGUAUGAAUCAGCCGUCGACAGUUUAACGCAGUAUUUCACUCCGCGUGGAAACAAAGAUGUAGCUAUAUUCGAAUUUCGCGAGUUGACACAAGAAACUAACGAGACUCUAACUGCGUAUUAUCGAAGACUCAAAACCAAGGCAACAGACUGUGAAUUCGCGAACGAAGACGAAGAGAUUAAAAUACAAAUCAUCCACAAGACACGAGACCCAAGAUUGCGAAAGAAAGCCCUUCGUGAAAGCAUGGACUUAAAAGCCUUAUUAGCGCACGGAACUUCGCUAGAAAUUACGGAUCAACAAGCGCAACGACUAGAAAACGCAAACACAGACCUAAACGCAUUGGAAAGAAACCGCCAGCCACCAGCAUCGCAACCACGGGGUGCAUUCAAUCGCAGACGAAAACCACCACCGGACGGAAAGAAAACCUGCCGAAACUGCGGUGGAGCAUUUCCACACAAAGACGGAAUGCAGAAUUGCCCUGCUCGAGGAAAAUCCUGCCAUAAUUGCGGAAAACUCGGACAUUUCGCAAAAUUAUGCAAAUCGAGCAGUAAAUCGGUAAAACAUAUUACCCCACUCAAGACACCCGAUGACAGAUACUUACAAGACUCGGACGAUGAUAAUUGUUUUACCUUAAAGUCAACGCCAAAUAAGUCACCUGAGACUCAGAUCAAAAUUGGACACACUCCAGUGAAAGUACUAAUCGAUUCCGGCGCAUCUGUCAACAUUAUUCACACUGAAAUAUUCGAGCGCAUUAAAAGCGAGAACAAUCACAUUAAACUAGCCAAAACAAACGCAAAAAUUCGUGCAUACGGAACUGAUAGCCCUAUAGACCUUUCUGGAGAAUUUCACACAACAAUUAAAUCAACACACGGUCAAUCUAUAGACGCAACGUUUUACGUCACAACGGCAAAAUCUCAAUGUAUUCUCGGCUGUGAAUCAUCUACGGCAUUAGGACUAAUAACAUUGAACAUAAACAAUAUUGCGCAGCACGAGGAUCCAGUUAUAGCGAAGUUGCUCAAGCAACACGAAAAACUUUUCAAAGGAACCGGCAAUUUGAAAGGCGUUGAGGUCAAACUCGAGAUCGAUAAAUCCAUAUCACCCGUAGCACAGUCGUCCAGACGAAUUCCGCACAACAUGAGAAAAAAAGUAAACGAGAAAUUACGUGAAAUGCGUGACGACGGCAUCAUUGAAAAAGUGGAGGGUGCAACACCAUGGUUAUCCCCACUCAUCGCCAUUCCAAAGAAAACUGGUGACGUCAGACUGGUUCUCGACAUGCGCGUUCCAAACACAGCUCUAAUCAGACGUAGAGUUCAGAUCCCAACCGUUGACGAGAUUCUACGCCAGAUGGAAGGAGCUAAAGUAUUUACGGAAGUCGAUCUGUCCCAAGGCUAUCUACAACUCACCCUCGCGGAAGAAUCGAGAUAUAUCACUGCCUUUACCACCCCCGACGAGGGCCCCCACCGUUUCAAGCGUUUGAUAAUGGGAGCAUCACCCUCUGGCGAAUACUUCCACGAGAUAAUCCAUGAACUUAUCAAGGGCAUUCCUAGAUGUGCAAACAUCUCAGAUAACAUCUGGUUAUGGUCCGAUGACCGACAGUCCCACUAUAAACAACUCGAACAGUUGUUAACCAAAUUGGAGUCCAGCGGUUUAACCCUCAAACUACCCAAAUGCUCGUUUUCAGUUCCAGAAAUCAAUGUCUUCGGACAUAUCGUUUCUGGAAAUGGAAUACAGCCAGACAAAGCCAAAAUCGAAGCGGUGAACAACGCCCCACCACCAAAGUCAGCCUCGGAAGUUAGAUCGUUCCUGGGUCUAACAAACUACUGCUCCAGGUAUAUCCCAAAUUACAGCAGCAUCACCUACCCACUUCGCCAGCUCACGAAGGCAGACGCAAAGUUUCGAUGGAGCGACGAACACGAGAAAGCAUUCAUCACCCUGAAGCAAGCCCUAACGAGUGCUCCAGUUUUGGCUCAUUACAGUCUCGAAGCCAAAACGCGAGUCGUAGUUGACGCAUCACCAUGGGCGGUCGGCGCAGUUCUCCUGCAAGAGCAACAAGAUAGCUUUUAUCGUCCCGUAGCGUACGGAAGCAGAUCCUUGUCCGAGACAGAGCAAAAGUACGCCCAAAUCGAGAAAGAAUCGCUAGCGAUCGUGUUUGGAUGUGAACAUUUCCACAUGUACCUUUACGGACGAGAUUUCGAACUUGAAACCGACCACCGACCCCUAGAACACAUUUACAAACCCAAACCCAACAACGCGAGUAAGUCAACCCCUGCAAGAAUCGAAAGGUGGAGAUUGCGACUUCAAGAGUACGAUUUUAAAGUCGUGUACAGACCGGGUCCCAAAAACCUAGCUGAUCCUUUAUCGAGACUUCCAAAACAAUCUCCCACUAACACCCGAAGCAACAUGGAAGCCUGCGCAGACCGAUAUGUCCACUACCUUUCCCAGUAUCUUGCACCACGAGCCAUGUCAAUAGAGGAAAUCCAACAGGCCUCUAUCAACGAUCCAGAACUGGCACAGAUACGAACCUGUUUACAAACAAACCAGUUAUACAAGAUUCCACCACCCUACCAAUCAGUCGUGGAUGAACUCUGUGUCACUAACCAAAACAUCCUUCUUCGUGGGAACCGAAUCGUCCUUCCAGCCGACCUCCGACAGAAAGCCAUAUCCUUAGCUCACGAAGACCACGCAGGGAUCACAAAGUGCAAACAACGCAUCCGAGCAAAACUGUGGUGGCCGCAGAUGGACAAGCACGUCGAAGCUCACGUCAAAUGUUGUCAUCCCUGUUAA